AUGGAGUUCUUCAGGAUUGUCAUAACUUUAGCUGGGCUGGGAGUUAUUUUUAAAACCGAAGCGCGAUUUCAAAAUUCAGCUAGAAAACAUUUCGUAGAACCAGCAAAAUUUGACGCGAGCGCCAUAGAACAGCUGGAGCUUAAAAAAUUUCCUUAUGGGGGCUUGACUUACAAAAAAGACAAACAAUCGCGUGACAUAAACCCACUGGAAAAUGCAGAGAACAGCAUAACUGGUGUCAGCGAAGCUUCCGAGGGAUCUGAUUCUGGAAAUGAAGUUGAGAAUAAGACUUCAGGACCAGAGCAGAGUGCAAAAUCAGCUGACGUUUCCUCCAAGCAGACUCUUUCAGUAGCAGAUGAUGAUGAAGCCAAAAUACAAUCAACCGAAAGAGUGACAACAAACUUUGAUCAUGAAUUGUCCAGACCAACUGAAGACAAAGUCACAGAAAAUUCCGAUUACAGCGCAGCCUCUUCACCUGAUGACCAUGAGAUCUCUUCAUCUGACAACGGCGGAGCACCUACGUCUGAUGAAGAGGUGCCUACAGCCUCUAAUGACAGCGGAGACCCUCCUUCUGAAGAUGAUGUGCCUCCAUCUUCUAAUGACAGCGGAGUAUCUACGUCUAACGAAGAUGGGUCUCCACCCUCUAGUGACAAUGGAGCUCCUACAUCAAAUGAAGACGUGCGUUCACCCUCUAACGACAGCGGAGACCCUCUUUCUGAUGAUGGUGUGUCCCCACCUUCUGGUGACAGCGGAGUCUCUAUGUCUGAUGAAAUAGCGUCCACACCCUCUAGUGACAAUGGAGCUCAUACGUCCGAUGAAGACGCGCUUCCACCCUCUGAUGACAGCGGUGCCUCUCCUUCUGAUGAUGGUGUGUCUCCACCUUCUAGUCACAACGGAGUCUCUAUGUCUGAUGAAAAUGCGUCCGCACCCGCUAUUGACAAUGAAGUUCCUAUGUCCGAUGAAGACGUGCUUCCACCCUCUAAUGACAGCGGCGCCUCUCCUUCUGAUGAUGGUGUGUCUCCACCUUCUAGUGACAACGGAGUCCCUACGUCUGAUGAAGAUGUGUCUACAACCUCUAGUGACAAUGGAAUUCCUACGUCCGAUGAAGACGUGCUUGCACCCUCUAAUGAUAGCGGCGUCUCUCCUUCUGAUGAUGGUGUGUCCCCAUCUUCUAGUGACAACGGAGUCCCUACGUCUGAUGAAGAUGUGUCUACAACCUCUAGUGACAAUGGAAUUCCUACGUCCGAUGAAGACGUGCUUGCACCCUCUAAUGAUAGCGGCGUCUCUCCUUCUGAUGAUGGUGUGUCUCCAUCUUCUAGUGACAACGGAGUCCCUACGUCUGAUGAAGAUGUGUCUACAACCUCUAGUGACAAUGGAAUUCCUACAUCUGAUGAAGACGUGCUUGCACCCUCUAAUGAUAGCGGCGUCUCUCCUUCUGAUGAUGGUGUGUCUCCAUCUUCUAGUAACAACGUAGUCCCUACGUCUGAUGAAGAUGUGUCUACAACCUCUAGUGACAACGGAGUCCCUACGUCCGAUGAAGACGUGCUCGCACCCUCUAAUGAUAGCGGCGUCUCUCCUUCUGAUUAUGGUGUGUCUCCAUCUUCUAGUGACAACGGAGUCCCUACGUCUGAUGAAUAUCUGUCUACAAUCUCUAGUGACAAUGGAAUUCCUACGUCUGAUGAAGACGCGCUUCCACCCUCUGAUGACAGCGGCGCCUCUCCUUCUGACGAUGGUGUGUCCCCACCUUCUGGUGACAGCGGAGUCUCUAUGUCUGAUGAAAAUGCGUCCACACCCGCUAGUGACAAUGGAGUUCCUACGUCCGACGAAGACGUGCUUGCACCCUCUAAUGAUAGCGGCGUCUCUCCUUCUGAUGAUGGUGUGUCUCCAUCUUCUAGUGACAACGGAGUCCCUACGUCUGAUGAAGAUGUGUCUACAACCUCUAGUGACAAUGGAAUUCCUACGUCUGAUGAAGACGUGCUUGCACCCUCUAAUGAUAGCGGGGUCUCUCCUUCUGAUGAUGGUGUGUCUCCAUCUUCUAGUGACAACGUAGUCCCUACGUCUGCUGAAGAUGUGUCUACUAGGUCUAGUGACAAUGGAGUUCCUACGUCCGAUGAAGACGCGCUUCCACCCUCUAAUGACAGCGGCGCCUCUCCUUCUGAUGAUGGUGUGACUCCACCUUCUAGUGACAACGGAGUCCCUACGUCUGAUGAAUAUCUGUCUACAAUCUCUAGUGACAAUGGAAUUCCUACGUCUGAUGAAGACGUGCUUGCACCCUCUAAUGAUAGCGGCGUCUCUCCUUCUGAUGAUGGUGUGUCUCCAUCUUCUAGUGACAACGGAGUCCCUACGUCUGAUGAAUAUCUGUCUACAAUCUCUAGUGACAAUGGAAUUCCUACGUCUGAUGAAGACGUGCUUGCACCCUCUAAUGAUAGCGGCGUCUCUCCUUCUGAUGAUGGUGUGUCUCCAUCUUCUAGUGACAACGGAGUCCCUACGUCUGAUGAAGAUGUGUCUACAACCUCUAGUGACAAUGGAAUUCCUACGUCCGAUGAAGACGUGCUUGCACCCUCUAAUGAUAGCGGCGUCUCUCCUUCUGAUGAUGGUGUGUCUCCAUCUUCUAGUGACAACGCAAUCCCUACGUCUGAUGAAGAUGUGUCUACAACCUCUAGUGACAAUGGAGUUCCUACGUCCGAUGAAGACGUGCUUCCACCCUCUAAUGACAGCGGCGCCUCUCCUUCUGAUGAUGGUGUGUCUCCACCUUCUAGUGACAACGGAGUCCCUACGUCUGAUGAAGAUGUGUCUACAACCUCUAGUGACAAUGGAAUUCCUACGUCCGAUGAAGACGUGCUUCCACCCUCUAAUGACGGCGGAUCCCCUCCUUCUAAUGAUGAUGUGUCACCACCUUUUAGUGACAAUGGAACUCCUACGUCGAAUGAAGAUCUGUCUACGACCACUAGUGAAAAGGUAAAUCCUACGUCUGAUGAAGGCAUGAUUCCACCCUCUAAUGACAGCGAAUCCCCUCCUUCUGAUGAUGCUGUGUCUUCACCUUUAAUUGACGAUGGAGCUCCUACGUCUGAUGAAGAUAUGCCUCCACCCUCUAAUGACAACGGAAACCCUACGUCUGAUGAAGAUGAGUCUACAACCUCCAGUGACAAUGGAAUUCCUACGUCUGAUGAAGACGCGCUUCCACCCUCUAACGACAGCGUCGCUUCUCCUUCUGACGAUGGUGUGUCUCCGCCUUCUGGUGACAGCGGAGUCUCUAUGUCUGAUGAAAUAGUGUCCACACCCUCUAGUGACAAUGGAGCUCCUACGUCCGAUGAAGACGCGCUUCAACCCUCUAAUGACAGCGGCGCCUCUCCUUCUGAUGAUGGUGUGUCUCCACCUUCUAGUGACAACGGAGUCCCUACGUCUGAUGAAGAUGUGUCUACAACCUCUAGUGACAAUGGAAUUCCUACGUCCGAUGAAGACGCGAUUCCACCCUCUAACGACAGCGGCGCCUCUCCUUCUGACGAUGGUGUGUCUCCGCCUUCUGGUGACAGCGGAGUCUCUAUGUCUGAUGAAAUAGUGUCCACACCCUCUAGUGACAAUGGAGCUCCUACGUCCGAUGAAGACGCGCUUCAACCCUCUAAUGACAGCAGAUCCCCUCCUCCUGAUGAUGCUGUAUCUCCACCUUUUGGUGACAAUGGAGCUCCUACGUGGAAUGAAGAUGUGUCUACAACCUCUAGUGACAAUGGAGCUCCUACGUCCGAUGAAGACGCGCUUCAACCCUCUAAUGACAGCAGAUCCCCUCCUCCUGAUGAUGCUGUAUCUCCACCUUUUGGUGACAAUGGAGCUCCUACGUGGAAUGAAGAUGUGUCUACAACCUCUAGUGACAAUGGAAUUCCUACGUCUGGUGAAGAUGUGCAUCAACCUUCUAAUGACAACGGAGUACCUACGUCUGAUGAAGAUGUGCCUCCUACCUCUAAUGACAACGGAAUACCUACGUCUAACGAAGAUGGGUCUCUACCCUCUAGUGACAAUGGAAUUCCUACGUCUGAUGAAGACGUGCUUCCACCCUCUAAUGACAGCGGAUCCCCUCCUUCUGAUAAUGAUGUGUCUCCACCUUUUAGUGACAAUGGAGCUCCAUCGUCGAAUGAAGAUGUGCCUCUACCCUCUAAUGACAACGGAGUCCCUACGCCUGAUGAAGAGGUGUCUCGACCAUCUAGUGAAAAUGGAUUUCCUACAUCCGAUGAAGACGUAUUUCCACCCUCUAAUGACAGCGGAGCCUCUACGUCUGAUGAAAAUGCUUCUCCACCCUCAAAUGACAGCGGAGCACCUAUAUCUGGUGAAGAUAUGCAUCCAACGUCUGAAAACAGCGGAGUCCCUACAUCUGAUGAAGAGUCUCCACCUUCUAGUGAGAAUGGAUUUCCUACAUCCGAUGAGGACUUAUAUCCACCAGCUGGUGUCACCGGAGCCUCCCCAUCUGAUGAAGAUUUGCCUCCACUCUCUAAUAUCAGCGGGAUUUCUCCGUCUGACGAAGAUGUGGCUCCAUCAUCUGCUGAUAACGCAACCUCACCUUCUAAUGAAGAUUUACAUUCAUCUUCCGCUGACAGCGGUCUAUCUUUGUCUAACAGCAGUGGGUCAACAUCAUCUGAUGACAGCAGAGAAUUGCCCUCUAGCGAAACGGGGAUUGACAAGCCAGUGAGCCAACCAUCAAUGACUGAUGCAGUAACUCAAAUCAGUUCUAGUGACGACAAAAUAAUCUCAGAAUCGUCGAAGGCAUCUAGCGAAGAGUCUGGGGAUGCCAGUUCCACUGGAAAUGACAACCAGGAGAGUGAACCAUCUAUGAAUGACGCUGGAACACAGACUGGCUCGAGCGACACGGAACAUGACUCAGAAUCGUCGCGAGAAAGUAGCGAGGAACCCAGUGACAACAGCUCCAGUGAAACUGAAAACCAGGAGAGUGAACCAUCUAUGCAUGACUCUGGAACGCAGACUGGUUCCAGCGACAAGGAAAGUGACUCAGAAUCGUCAGAAGAAAGUAGCGAGGAAUCCAGUGACAACAGCUCCAGUGAAACUGACAACCAGGAGAGUGAACCAUCUAUGAAUGACGCUGGAACACAGACUGGUUCAAGCGACACGGAAAAUGACUCAGAAUCGUCAAGAGAAAGUAGCGAGGAACCCAGUGACAAGAGCUCCAGUGAAACUGACAACCAGGAGAAUGAACCAUCUAUGAAUGACGCUGGAACACAUACUGGUUCAAGCGACAAGGAAAGUGACACAGAAUCGUCAGAGGAAAGUGGCGAGGAAUCCAGUGACGUCAGUUCCAGUGAAACUGACAACCAGGAGAGUGAACCAUCUAUGAACGACGCUGGAACACAGACUGGUUCAAGCGAGAAGGAAAGUGACUCAGAAUCGUCAGAGGAAAGUGGCGAGGAAUCCAGUGACGUCAGUUCCAGUGAAACUGACAACCAGGAGAGUGAACCAUCUAUGAAUGACGCUGGAACACAGACUGGUUCAAGCGACAAGGAAAGUGACUCAGAAUCGUCAGAGGAAGGUGGCGAGGAAUCCAGUGACGUCAGUUCCAGUGAAACUGACAACCAGGAGAGUGAACCAUCUAUGAAUGACGCUGGAACACAGACUGGUUCAAGCGACAAGGAAAGUGACUCAGAAUCGUCAGAGGAAAGUGGCGAGGAAUCCAGUGACGUCAGCUCCAGUGAAACUGACAACCAGGAGACGACAAGGAAAGUGACUCAGAAUCGUUAG